GUAGACCGCAUCGGUUGCCAACAUUGCCAAAAGAUCUAAAUAUUCCUAGAAUUGAUAGAUUGUUUAUAAAUAAAUUGGGUUAUUAAACUAUCCUUGAGUGAAAAGCAUGCCUCUUCAGUUUCCCAUGGCCGUGGCGCAGAACGCUGUGGAACCGAUGCAAGUGGAUGCACCGGCCGAGGACAAUGAUAACAAUGAGGAACUGUUUUAUGUAGUGGAUAAUCCCACGUUGGACCUGGAAGUGUAUGCUAGUAGCUACACCGGGUUAGCCAAACUUUACCGACUGUUGUACAUCAUAGAUCAUUGUCCAUCCCUCAGGCUUGAAGCCCUAAAAAUCGCAAUUUCCUACGUCAUGACGACAUACAAUGUUAACUUAUAUCAAGUACUUCAUCAAAGAUUAGCAGAAGUGACGAGUAACAUGAAUGUGCCCGAUGUGGCGGCUCCGUCCACAUCCCAAGAUGUGCUGGUUAUUGACAAUAUGUGGAUGGAGACGCGUAUCAAGAAAGCCGCCCUUAAAUUAGAGAAAUUAGAUAAUGAUUUAAAAAACUACAAGUCAAACUCGAUAAAGGAAAGUAUACGAAGAGGUCACGAUGACUUGGGAGACCACUAUCUGGAUUGUGGAGACCUCUCCAAUGCCCUUAAGUGUUACUCAAGGGCCAGAGACUAUUGCACCAGUGGCAAACAUGUAGUGAACAUGUGCUUGAACGUUAUAAAAGUGUCUAUCCAUUUACAGAACUGGUCUCAUGUGCUGAGUUAUGUGGCUAAAGCAGAAGGAACACCCGAUUUUUCAGAGUCUCAAGCGAAAGACACGAACCCCGUGAUAUUCACAAAACUUAGGUGCGCGGCGGGCCUUGCCGAGUUGGCGACCAAAAAAUACAAACUGGGCGCUAAACAUUUCCUCCAAGCAAACUUGGACGAUUGCGAUUUUCCUGAUUUAUUGUCUCCGAACAAUGUUGCGAUGUACGGGGGUUUGUGCGCCCUCGCUACAUUCGAUAGGCACGAGUUGCAGAAAAACGUUAUCAACAACACGACGUUUAAGUUAUUCCUAGAACUCGAGCCUCAGCUCAGAGACAUCAUCUUUAAAUUUUAUAAUUCCAAGUAUGCUUCUUGCCUGAAACUGCUGGACGAGAUCAAAGACAAUCUCUUGUUGGACAUGUACAUUGCCCCUCACAUUAAUACCCUGUAUACCCAAAUAAGGAACCGCGCGUUGAUUCAGUACUUCAGUCCGUAUUUAUCUGCGGAUAUGCACAAAAUGGCGCAGGCUUUUAACAGGACGGUGUCCGCUUUGGAAGACGAACUGAUGCAGCUCAUCUUGGACGGGCAGAUCCAGGCGCGAAUUGAUUCCCAUAACAAAAUUUUAUUCGCCAAAGACGUGGAUCAGAGGAGUACCACGUUCGAGAAAAGUCUUACAAUAGGCAAGGAGUACCAAAGGAGAACUAGGAUGUUGAUCUUGAGAGCUGCGGUUCUGAAAAAUAAGAUUCAGGUGCAGAGUCCUCAACGAGAAGCGGGCCAAAGUGGAGAGAUAACGGUGGCCCCGGGUACCAGUACAGUACUGUCGGCUAGAAAUUAAUAGUCCUGUAUAUAUGUAUAAAUUUAAUUAUCACUUGGAAAUUUUGUAAUCUUAGGUGAAUAUA